UUCAAUUUCGCGAAAAUUAAUAGACGAAACGAACGUUUUCGCAACGCGAGACACGUUCGCUGAUACAACACGAUGCUUCCAACAUCGAACAUCGUUAUUAUCAUGUCGAUUGCACGCGUGGGCGUGUACUCGUUCAAGGACGAACGCUCGAUUAACAUCGACAGGGAGCAUCCUAUUAAAGACGCUUCGAUUCGUGUUGGACCGAAACUUGGAGCUGGGAAAAGAUCUCGAUUGGGAAACGUUAUGCAUAACUCUAUGCGCUAUGUCGAGACAUUGUUCACACAAAAUUUUCGUUAAUAUAACACAUUCGCGCAUAUAAAACGCUAAUUCUCCAAAUUUUGCGAAGAAGAAGAAGAAAACGAUGAUGACGUAUCUGAAUGAUAUAAAUCGGACAAAAAAAAUGCAUACAUACAUUCAUGUCUAUGGAUCGAAUGCAAUUUACAUGUGUGAAAGAAAUCAAGUGCAUUUCUUGGAAAAAAAAUCUAUAUUCUCCUUCAGUAUUUGCAUCUUUCGAUAAUAUCAGCUUAUUUAAAAAAAGCAAACGGUUUAUUUUUAAAGAAGCUAUAAUCUUCCACCGAGUAAAGCACCCAGUAAGGGCGGGAGCACAGGCUCUAACAGACUCUUGCAUAAUGCAUAAGAAGAUAAAUCAAUUGCAAUCUAUUAUUUUUCCUCCUCAGAUAAAAAUGAAGGACUCUGGAUUGGUUAAUUCUCUAACGCAUUAUACGUUAUGCAAAAGUCUGUGCUCCCGCUCUAACGCUGCAACGUCUCGUUCAAAAGGAAAGGAUGUGCUAACAAUACAUUUGGCGCGAGACUGCGUAGCAGCUGUCGAUUUUACGCAAAUGUUCUUAAAGUAUGCAGAUCAUACGUUUUGCAGACAAACAUAUGCAUUUAACACGCAUAAGUGUAUCGUUCAUGCUCUAUUAUAUUUGAGUGUACUCGUAUGUUACACUGAAAGAACGAUUUUGCUGAAGAAGUAUCUAAAAAUCGGUUAGAUACGGAUCUGAAAAUAAUUUUGCUGGAUUAUGAGAAUAAGUACGAAGGACGUUCAAGCACGAUGAGCAAUGCUACACACAGUUUUGACUUUCUACCGAGCAACUUGAGCGUCCUUUAUACUUAUUUGGAUGGCACAAGGUUGAAUUCAGUGUAUCUGUAUCUAAUUAAAUUUUUAGAUAUUUUAACAAUUCUUUUUUUUUUGUGUAUGUCUCAAUUAUCUUUCUUCGUACUUUUCGGGUGGGUUUCGUAACUGAUAUUUUACUCUGUAUUAUGUAUCUGUAUAUUUAAUUUUUCACGUUUAGUUUUUCAUCUUUUGCUGUAACUUAUUGUAAUUUCGUGAGUGCGCAGUAAGUAAAACGAAAUAAAUAGCUUCACGUAUUAUAGCUUUGCGCAUCACGUGUGUGAAUGUUUCAUCAUCUUUCGAACUUAAUAUGCUUGAGGCAGACCUUCGUCUGCCGGAGAAAGAAAAAGAAAGAUUUGAAGAGAGAAGGAGACACGCGGUUUUUUUAUACAUCUUGUUAUACAUCUUUUCACAAUGAUAAUAGAGUUCUUGGGAAAUGUCUCUCUUUGUAUAAUGCAGAGUAACAUUUUCUUGUAUAUGAGACAUGACGGCGCCGACGCAACGAUUGAAAAGUUAUUCCAUAAGACUGACGACUCACAUUCGUAACAAUCUUGUUCCAUGAAUCGUACGUACAUCGCGCUGUGACACACGAUUGAGAAAAUUUUCCCGUGACUGUCUCGUAAUCAAUUUCCUUAAUCGAGGCCGCUCGUCAUGGUUAUAAUCGUCAUUUUCUAUCAAUAAAUCGACGUGAGCCGCAGAGGACCACGUCGAGUGCUCCACCCAAAAACAUACGUGAUCAACGUCAUAGCGUAAUCGAGAGGCCGCAAUGAACGUCAUGUGUUUAACGUAGGGUUGGCCCUCGAGCAAGGAGCAAGGAGCGCGAUUGAGCAGUCAUGACUCGAUGGGCAACAAGGAGCAUCGUCGACAGAAGGAUGGGUCCAGCAGCGGCGGCGGAAGCAGUGGUAGCAGCAGCAGCAGCAGCACUUACAACGCCUUCCGUCAGUGGCGACGGACCUCACUGGGCUCCCAUGGCAACCGGUCCAGCAGCACCGGCUCCAGAUCAUCCAGCUCGCUCGCCAAAUUGCCCAAUGACCCGGCCACCCUGCGAAAGAUGGAGCAAUUUCCCCUGGUUUUGUCCGACGCAACGAUACCGGACGAGGAUCUAUCCUUGAAAUUCCUCGCCCUGAAUGCUCUGGAUCUGACGGCGCCAGCCAGCGAUGUGCUCUUGAAAAACCGACUGAAAUCCUGGUUUCAAUUAUCGGGCCACCCGGACGGCUUUGCGCCAGCCGGACCCGGCACCGUCUGGAAGAGGCGGACGGGCGGCGCUGAAAACACGGAGCGCAUCGUUUACGAAACCUUGAGCAAGGAGGAAGCGUUGCGGGACUGCAUUCCGAGAUAUUACCGGGAGGUCGAGUACAAGGGCGAUACGUUCAUCGAACUGCAGGAUCUGCUUUUCGGUUUCAACGAUCCGCAUGUGAUGGACAUCAAGAUGGGCACGCGGACCUUCCUCGAAUCCGAGGUGUCCAAAACCACCGCUAGGCCGGACCUCUAUCAGAAGAUGAUCGCCGUCGAUCCGGACGCGCCGACCCAGCUCGAGCACGAGCAACGCGCCGUGACCAAAUUACGGUACAUGCAGUUCCGCGAGCAGCAGAGCUCGACCUGCAGCCACGGUUUUCGCAUCGAGGCGAUGAAGCUGCCUGGUGCACCGCCGAUCACCGAUCUCAAGAAGAUCAAGUCGCACACGGAGGUGCUCGACAUCAUAAGGCAAUUCCUUGGCAAGCGCGAGGACACUCGCCAAAAGAUCCUCGUGCGUCUUCGGAGCUUGCGAAUCAAAAUUGAAAAGUCAAAAUAUUUUGAAACUCAUGAGGUGAUCGGCAGUAGUAUUUUCAUGAUUUACGAUAGCGAAAAGGUGGGCGUCUGGUUGAUAGAUUUCGCAAAAACGCGGGAGGUGCCUGAUGGACGGAGGCUCACGCACAGGCGUCCUUGGGAGGAAGGCAAUCACGAAGAGGGUUUCUUGUAUGGAUUGGAUAAUUUAAUUUCAGCCAUAGAAGAGGUCCGCCUUUAUCCAUAAAUCGAUGUUUGCACGACGAAAUUCAGAAACUUCUAUGUUACAAAACGUUUACUCAUGUACAUAUAACGAGUGUGAAAAAAAGUAUUCAUAUUCCAUCGUUUAUAAAUAAUUUUUAUUUAAAUGUAAGUGCGCCAGUAUCACCGAGCAGUGAAGAUAUCAUAAGUGCGCAAUCCCUUCUUUUACAAUUCAAAAUUUAAGUGCAGAGAAGUGAUACGUUCAGUGGUUUCGCUCACUUUCGGUUUUGUCGCAAGUUCCCGUAGGUCCAUCGCCAUUAUUUAUAUCGUCGAUAUGUAUGUAUAUUUAAUGUGGAAGACUGCUUUUUAUUGCAUUUCACGCGCAUUUUUGUAAGAGACAUAAUCUAAACGAAGUCCGCAACACGCAACUCAGUGUACAAACGCGUAAUGUACAAAAAUAGAUCUUAAGUAGGCUUUUAUCUUCAUUGUUCCGUUAAAUUCCAGGCUGCCUUCUCAUACACGGCCAUUAAGUAUUUUGAUUGCUACCUUCGUCCUUCCGUUAAAUCCUCUUUCUUUUUAUUUUUCAUCCCGCCGUUAUUAAUUUUAUUCUAUCUAACGAAUUGUAUAUACCACCCAUUCGCGAAAAGAUGUUUGCAGUGUAUCCUAUUCCUAAUUUGCUCUCGUGCAUUACUUCUUGUAAAUUUUCUCUUUUUUCCUUUACAUUUUGGGUGAGCUUUGGAACGGCAGUAAUGCUGGCUCUUCACCUUUUGUGUAUUUGUACAUGUAUACAUAUCUUUUCUCUUUUGUUUUGUUAAUUCUGCUGUACAUUGUUGAAAUAUAAUAAAUUAAAUUAAGAUAGCAAUAAGUAAUCUAACGUGCAAAGCUAGGCGAAACUUAUUUAUGAGAAGUGCUUACGUCGAGCAAUAAUAAUAAUAAGGUUCUUACUUUUUUAAAAGAAUACUUGUCUCGAAUCGCUUCGUGUUUGAACUUGUAGGAAUAAAUAAAUAAUCUUCCAUAUAUACUUAUGUCCACAAAA